CCAAACAGCAAUCGGACCUGCUCAGAGAAGACAUUGGUACAAAAUAGAGGAAAAGAAGAAGGCAGAGGCACUUGAUGUCAGAACUCGUUGCAAUCUCAUUUUCACGUCUGCUGGUCAUGAAUCCUAACUGGCUGCUGAUGGUGGCCGCCAUGGCAACAGGGGUCCAUAUGGAUGAUGCGGACAACAAACUGGAUUAUUAUGGGCACUGGAACUACAGGGAAGGAGCUGACAGAGUCGACGUGGCGUCAGUACGAAGUUUGACUAAAGUUUUGGAUUCGUGGGGGAAACAAAUUUUCAAAGAAAUCAAGACUUUGCUGCAUUCGAAACCCAACACUCUGCUCCCUGACUACUCCAGGGUGCGCCCUCUAUCAGAGACAAUCAACGACCUGUUCAGAGAAAUCUCCAUGCUGCAUCUGCGUAUCACAGAACUCUCCCAUCGCCUAGCAACCCUAGAACCGUUCCUGCGUCGUCAUGGCUACCGUGAGGCGGGUGACGGGUAUGGCCUAGCUUUGGCGCGUCAGAGCCACAACACGGAGUUGAGGGCAGUCCCAAAGAAGAGGAGACGAAGGGUGAAGGUGUUUAAGAAGAAUGGGAAGGUGAGGGUGGUGCACAGUGGAUAGCUAAAGGAAGAGCGGACAGGUUUGUUAUUGAGGAACUACUUUUUUUUUGAGGAACUAUUCCUUUUUCAUGUGACAUACAGUACACAGAGUUUAUGCAUUCUUUCAUUCAGGAAAAAGCAUUAUGAGUCAUCCUCAUAAAUAUGAAUGAAUAUAAUGUAUGAAUUAAUAUGAAUAUAUGAAUAUGUUCUGUUCUUUUCAAAUACUUUGGGUUUGGAAUCACCAUCAGAAUUGUUUUUGUCUUUGUGAAUAAACAGUCCCGAGUAUUCAA